AUGAUACACAUUGUCAAAGUGGACAACCUGAGUAUGGAUGGUCUUGCUCAAUCUUGGGAAAAUCACGCUGCCAUCACUGGACAGGAAGAGUUGUUGUGCUCUGUUGUAGAAGAGACUCAUCCAUAUUAUAUCUACCAUGACAAUGUUGUUAACACUGGGGAGAGCUUCGACAACCCAUUCAUACCUUCUGAUGUUGAGGACCCAGGGUAUGAUCUGACUGUCACUUUGUGGCAAGGCUUGUCAGGGUUCAGUUCACAUUUAAAGACUGAACUCUGUAAUGCGCCAGAGCCAUCCUUGUAUCACUUAAUGUUCAACCUGUUGUUCACACCUUGUGGUAGACACAUUCACAUUGGAAAUCCUUUUACUGUCAUGAGCAGUUUGGACAUUGAGGCCUUCAUACAACAAAUAUUCAUGUCUGACUCUUCCACUGGGCUCAUCAGCCAAUUUUUGCAUUGGGACAAGUUAUUCCCUAUCUAUUUGUGUUGUGAUCUUCUCACCUCACUUGAUCUUGCCAUCAGCAAUGAUUUCUUUCCCUUUGCUUCUGAUAUGAUGCAUCAGAUAUGUCAUACUUUGGUGGAUCUCUCAGUUCACUUUUCUGACAAACUUACUACACAUCCAGAGGCCACCUUCCACCUCAGGAUUGAUAGCUUGCAUAUGCUCAGGUGA